AUGUUCGAAUUACCAAUAAUAUAUAAUAAUAAAAGAACUGCUACAGAGAGGAAGAUUCGUUACACCUAUAUAAAUCAACUUUCCAAAAAAUAUAAUAGAACUCAAAAUCGUCAUAAUAAUAAUAAUAAUAAUAAUGGAAUACUCCCGACACCAGAGAGUUCAGCUACUGAAAGUCAUGAUGAUGAUGACGCUACAACGAGCGAUGACUUGAUAAAAAGGAAACGGCUAAGGAGAAGAUGGAAAAGUGUCAUAGGCGAAGCUUAUUCAGACACGGAUCUGGACGACGACGAUGACGACGAAGAAGAAGAAGAAGACGUCGACGUGGAGGAUGAAAUGAGUGAUCAUCAUGAGUCUGCUCAUCAUAUCCAUGAGAAUGAAGAACGUAAAUUUUUCAAAAAAUAUGAAAAACCACAAGAAACUUUUGAAAUAUGGCAAACUAAUAAUUUGAAAAGGGUACCGAUUAAUAAAUCUAUGAUCACAUAUACGAAAUUGAAAAAAAUUGAAAAACAAGCGAAAAGGAAAAUAACUGUUCCAUUAUUACAUGCUUCAAAGAUAAAUAAACUAUGUUUUGAAGCUAUGUCUGAGGGACUUGAAUUAGUUACACCUUUGGUCACUAUUGAAAAUUUCUCUUUACAACACAUUGAAAAAUUGACCACCCUUCUCUAUUUGAAUGUAUCUAGAGAAAAUUGGGAUAUUGCCUACCGAAUAUUCACCUUAUUAAUAAGAAUAAAAAAAUUAGAUAUCAGAUCCAUUUGGGGCAUAGGAGUUAGGAUCCUUUCUGAGAAGUCUCCUACUAAAACGUUAGAUUUCUUGAAUUGGAUGAAUAGCGUUUAUUCUUCAAGAUUGAAUUUCAUUCAAGGAAUUAACUACAGAAUGGACCCUGUCUUUAAAAGUGGUUCAAGAACUCAUACACCUAAAUAUACUUUGACAUGGUUAUGGAAAUCAUUAAUUCAAUAUAGUACAAAGAAAAUAAUAUCUGGAAAUAAUAAUUCAAACGAAUCUCUGGAAGAUGGGUCUUCAUCCGAAUUAGAUAUAGAUAUCAACAUUGAUAGAAAUAAUUUAUUAGACUUGAUUGAAAAAAUUUCUGAAAUGGUUUUGAUCCCACCAUUCAUGGAAGAUUCUGAAGUUUGGUUCAUCUAUUCGUUAUGUCAUAUGGUCCUUGCUGAUGAUUUAUCGUCAAAAUUCAAUCCCUUGAUAUCAAAUGGAUCUCGAGGUGAUAUAGAAAGAAAUCAAGUCAUUCAACAUAUUCAAAAAACAAAAAGUUAUUUACAAACUUCUAUGAAUAAAGGUGAUUUCGAAUAUCCUGAAAAAUAUAUUUUGAAGCAAUUAUCUAUUUACGAACAACGACUUUAUGCAUCCGAUCCUACUAGUAAUAAUAACAAUGUUACUGAUGAGGAUGUGGAUAUGCAACUUCAAGAUAUUCCAAAUCCAUAUUCAAAUAAUACCAAUAACGCAACAACGAAUAUCAAUAAUAGUAUAGCAGAAGACUACAUUUUUUCUGAUUUCAGUUUUGAUAAGGAUCUGGAAGAUUUGGAUACUCAAGAUCCUAAGAUAUAUGGAAGAGAGGAAGAUGAAGAACAUUAUGAAAAUAACUUGGUACAAUCAGAUUCCAGUGAAUGA